AAACAACUGCCAUUUUGUGUCAAUUGUCAAAGUUUGUUUUGAUAGUGAAUUUCCUUGCUGCUUUUAUUCAUUUUAAAGAGACUAUAAAGGUAUAUUCAAUCGCAAUAAAAUGGUGCAGCAGUGCUAUUUGUGUAAAAUUUAUAAACAUCAGGCUGGAGCGGAAUCUUUAAAAUUUCAUUCCCUUCCCAAGAACCCGGAAAGGAGAAAAAGGUGGUUGUCGGCCCUUGGAUUCGAGGAAAACCAUCAAUUUCCUAAGAGGGUGGAGCUAUGUUCCAAGCAUUUUGGAGAAAAUGCGUUUGUUUAUGGAAGUGAGGGACAAAAGACACUCAAGCGGGAUGCGAUUCCUCUCAUCUCUCAUUCUUUGUUUGAUCCUGCAGUAAGCACCAGUUCAGAAUCAUCUGUAAGUCCAGAGAAGCAAGAAGACUCAGAUUGUAUAUAUAUAUCUGCCAUUUCAAUCACUUGUGAGGGGACUCCUGCUAAAAAAAGGUUAUUCAUGGAUGAAGAGAUGUAUAACUUUCCUGGCUCAUCAAAUGAAGAGCAAUAUGUCCAUACUUCCUCAACAUUAUCAGCAUCAGAAAGUGAUAGUGCUGCUAAAACCGCUGGAGUACAAGAACAUAUGCUUGUUAAGAAAAAAAGAAAGAGGCUUUUGUAUCCUGCCCACUCAAUAGAGUUCACGUAAGUAUUCCAAUUGAACUAGAUAUUGCACAAAUGUGAGUAAUAUAUUUGUUAGUACACAACUUCGUACCGUUUUUUUUUUGUGAUGCU